AUGCCCUUGAGAAGCAUUGUCGAAUUGACCACAAUUUGUCUGGUUAUGGUCUGGUUUCAAAAUGGCAUCUCUUGUGUCGAGGAGAAAGCGCUUUUAUUUGAGGAGGCCCUGCAUCGAUUCUGCGACGCUAUGUCACCGACCUCUACAGAAGCAACCAUUGAAGCCCCGUCGUCGUCGUCCGUUAAAUGCGGCCAGGAUGCUCUCGCUGGCGACGCUCCCUCGCACCGCGCGUCCGUCUUACACGACCCUGCGUGUCUCCGGCACCUUCUCGCUCACAUUUCCAAUCUCAGAAACGAAAUCGCAGUAAGCGAGAGUGCAGACAAUUUCGUUCCACGACUGCUAAGUAGUCCUUCUGGGCAAUUCAUUGCCUCUCUCUCCUCAUUCACGUCUGGUCCACUUCUAGAAAUCCAUUGUGGGGCACAGGUGAACGAUUAG